CGCGGGUAGACUGGCGGGUAACUUUCGCGGAAACGCGUUAUGUCUUUAUGUCGUUCAGUGGGAAAGUCACAAAGGCGCAAACGGACGGCGUUCGCGACUGGGAGCUGCAAAAUGACAACCAGGAGGCGGAAAUCUCUGUCACAACGUACUGCACCAAGGCAGAAAAGUUUUGCGGAGGAAACUACUAAAUUGAUGGACUCUAACUCGACUCUAAAUAAUUUCAGAGCUCCUCUUGAGGAGAUACAUCCCAUUACACACAAUUCUGUGGAGGAUACUCCACCUGGAUUGAAUUGGUUUUCUAAUUCGGUAGUAAGGCAAUCUAAACCUCGACCGUGUCCUUUGCCGAGAUUUAGCUGGGCUGACUCUGAAGAGCUCUGGGAGUAUCUCUUGCAGAAAGACGGAAGUUAUAAUAUUGACCCUGAAUAUUUAGACAAACAGCAUUCCAUAUUAACCCCAAGAAUGAGAGCCAUUCUUCUGGACUGGUUGAUUGAGGUGUCUGAAGUGUAUAAACUACACAGAGAGACGUUUUACCUUGCUGCUUAUUAUUUGGAUAGAUUCUUGGCAUGUCAGCACAAUGUUGCAAAGGAGAAGCUGCAGUUGAUAGGAGUGACUGCUCUCUUUAUUGCUGCCAAAGUAGAGGAAAUCUAUCCUCCUAAACUAACUGAUUUUGCAUAUGUCACAGAUGGAGCUUGUAGUGAGGAGCAAAUACUAGAUAUGGAAAUUAUUGUGAUUGAGGCACUAGAAUGGGUGUUGCUACCUAUGACUCCAAAUGCUUGGUUGACCUUGUUUUUGCAGUUGACUAACAUGGCAGGAAUGAAAGAGCCAUCCAAGAAUUUUGUUCGUCCAAAAUAUUCAGCAAGAGAAUUCAUUAGGAUUAUUCAAUUAUUGGAUCUGUGUGUACUCGACAUUGGUAGUUUACAAUACACUAGUAGUGUUUUGGCUGCAUCUGCUUUGUAUCUGGUGUUAAAUGAUGAUUUUCAAUGGAAAAUGACUGGUCAAUCGUGGGAAAUCAUUGGUAGGUGUGUUCAAUGGAUGCUUCCCUUUUACGCUGUCCUGAAUGAGAAAGUAUUUCUGUCAGUCAAAGACAUGGACAAGCUUUCAAAAGACAAUGUACACAACAUUCAGACACAUGUAAAUGGCCUAGGCUUGUUGGACAAGGUUGCCACUGUUCCACAUUUACCUGUACUUCCUCCUGGUGUUGACAUACCUACUCCACCUGGAAGUACACAGAAGUAAACGACAGUAUUUCAGAGAUGUAGUUUUCUAUAGUCAUUUGACUUCAAUAACAGACUA